UCAGGGCUUUUCUGUGAAAAGGAAGCCAAGCCAUGUGACUCAGGGCCUUGCUUGAAUGGUGCUGUCUGCGUGGAUGAUGUUGACGGGUAUGAUUGUUUUUGCCCCGAAGGAUUUGAAGGCCUGAACUGUGAAAUCAACUUUGAUGACUGCUCCUACGGCUUCUGUAAAAACAAUUCGACGUGCUUAGACCUGGUUGCAGACUACGCCUGUGUUUGUCCUCCAGGCUUCAUGGACAAAAACUGUUCAAUGGACAUUGAUGAAUGUCCCUUCAAGCCCUGCAAAAAUGGAGCCAGUUGCCAUAAUUUGAUUGGCGAAUUUUACUGUAACUGCUUGCCAGGUUUUACUGGUAAGCUGUGUGAAACAACUAUUGGUGGCUGCUUGUCACGACCUUGUGGCGCUUUCAGUCUCUGUGAAGAUGGAUUUGAUGGUUAUCGUUGUUUCUGUGCACCUGGUUUUAUAGGUAAUAACUGUGAGACAGAAAUGGAUGAGUGCCUAAGUAGCCCCUGUCGCAAUGGUGCUACAUGUGUCGAACAGCUUAAUGCCUUCAGCUGCCUGUGUUCUGAUGGAUUUCAAGGCACACUUUGUGAAAUCGACAUAAAUGAAUGUCACUCAAACCCCUGUCUCCAUAAUGCGACUUGUACAGACCUUAUUGGUGGAUAUGUCUGUGUCUGCCUUCCUGGCUUCACAGGUAUGCACUGUGAAACUGAUAUAGAUGAAUGUGCUUCGUUUCCUUGCAAGAAUGGAGGCACCUGCAUUGACCAACCUGGUAAUUACUACUGCCAAUGUGUGACUCCAUUUAAAGGUUUUAACUGUGAAUUCAGGCCCUGUGAGGGAGGGAAUCCCUGUGAGAAUGGAGCUGUGUGUCUGAAAGAGACGGACUUGGCUGCCUUUCCCCUUGGAUUCCGGUGCCAGUGUCUGAAGGGCUUUGAAGGCCCACGCUGUGAGAUCAACGUCAAUGAGUGCAGCUCUAACCCUUGCUUCCAUGGAUAUUGCUACGAUGUUGUUGAUGGGUUCUACUGCUUGUGCAACCCUGGGUACGCCGGACAAAAGUGUGACCAAGAUAUUGAUGACUGCCUCGUUAACGCAUGCAAACACAAUUCUACCUGUGUGGAUCUCCAUUUGGGCUACCAGUGUGUCUGCCUCCUUGGCUGGGAAGGGCCAUUUUGUGAAACCGAAUCCAAUGAGUGUGACUCUGCACCUUGUAAGAAUAAUGGCACUUGCAUUGAUCUCUUCAAUGACUUCCGUUGUUUGUGUGCAGCAGGCUGGACAGGGCAGCAAUGCAGUGAAGAUAUAAAUGAAUGCGAUUCUGAACCAUGCCUGAAUGGAGCCACCUGCCACGAGUCCACUGUCUAUGGGCAAUUUCUAUGUGUUUGCCCUCCAUUUUAUAUUGGAAGGACUUGCCAGUAUCGCUACAACCCAUGUGAUGACCCCUACAACCCAUGUAUCAACAACUCUACUUGUUUGGCGCAAGUCAAUGGGAAGCCAUUGUGCAUCUGUCAAAAAGGAUUUGAAGGUGCUUACUGUGAAAUUGACAACAAUGAAUGCAUCUCCAGCCCAUGUAAGAAUCAAGGUCACUGUGUGGAUGGGGUUAACAGUUACAGGUGCUUCUGCAGAGAUGGCUUUUCUGGGACAUUGUGUGAAGUGGAGAUUAAUGAGUGUGCAUCAAAUCCCUGUGCAAACAGCGGAACAUGCAUAGAUCUUAUAAACAGGUUCCUUUGCCACUGCCCAACUGGUUACUAUGGGUCGCUCUGUGAGCUGGAUGUGGAUGAAUGUGAAAUUAUUCCUUGCUUGCAUGGAGGAAGCUGCUUCAACAAGCCUGGCGGCUAUCAAUGCGUCUGUGCUCCUGGUUUCACAGGCAACCAGUGUGAAGUGGAUAUAGAUGAAUGCGUUUCAACACCUUGUCUCAACAAUGGAAGCUGCGUCGAUGGCAUCAGCUACUAUAAGUGCUACUGCCGAAGUGGUUUUAUUGGAAUAAACUGCGAAACAAAUGCUGAUGAAUGUUUGUCAGCGCCUUGUCUUCAUGGAAGAUGCAUUGACCUCAUUGAUGGGUAUCGGUGCAACUGCGAAGCGGGGUGGACCAGUUCAAGAUGUGAAAAUGAUGUUAAUGGAGCCUGA